CUGAGUAGCGCCCUCAAGAGUUAAAAUUCAUCCAGUCAACAUUUCAGCGGGGAAGCGUCUCGUUUCCAAGGAAUUAGGAAGGACAUGAAGAUAUCUGCAUUUUUGGUUCUUCUGAGUCUUUUUGUUCAAAAAAUCUAACAUGAAGAAGUCGACCAAUAAGUCCAAGUCGCCAACUGCCGCAACUAAACCAAAAACAGCACCCAAGGACCAGUUGGCUGCUAAGACGACAGCCAAUCGGCCCAAGUCCAAACCAAGAGCGCCCUCUGGAGAUGGAAGUAGGAAAGGUGAAGCAGCAGGUCCGUCCGUCGACGCAGAAGAGGUGCUUCAGUCGUUGGAGGAGAAGUAUCAGAUGCAGUGCGAGGAAGCCGAGAUGCCUGUGGUCGCAUCGAAGCCAGUGAGGAUCAACCUCAGCUUGAUAGCAAGACGAAAUCUUCCCCCUGACAUUGCCAGUGGAUCUCAUGAAAAACUAAUUCAAGCUAUUAGUAAGCUGACCCACCUACGCUUGGACCGGGAGAAUAUCGGAGAGAUUGACGACCUGGAGAUGAUGGGGCCUGUCACCAACCUCUACCUGCAGCAGAAUCGGAUCAGGAAAAUUGAGAACCUAGAGUCGCUUCAGUCCCUCCGCUUCUUGACCCUUGCAGACAACCAGAUUGAGAGAGUGGAGAAUCUGAGCGUGCUCCCAGAGCUCAAGCUGCUGGACCUGUCGUCCAAUCAGAUUCGAGACUUUAACACAGAUGAGCUUCCGAAGACUUUAUUGAUACUCAACAUGGAGGGAAACCCAUGCAGCCAACAGCCAGAAUACAGAAAGAGAAUUCUCCUUGCCUUCCCGAACCUCAAACAGUUGGAUGGCGACGACGUAACCAGACAAGAACGGUUGGAGGCGGGCUGCGAUGCCCUCGCCCCGAGCUCCGAUGAAGCGGACGAUGAGGAAGAUAUUGAAGAUGGAACGGAAGAGAUAACUGGACAAUCUGCUGAAGACGUCUUGCAGUUGUCAGCAGAUCUUAUCAAGCAGUCGCGCCUCCGGUCCCAACGGCAAGCCACAGAGCACUACAAGCACAUGGAGCAGCUGGUGGCAGCCCGCAGCCAAUCACAGCUGGCCAUGAACUCGGCCAGGUCAUCGCUGGGCAUGACCCCGAGGUCAGAGGGCGCGACCUCGGCACUGGGGAACGGGAGGUGGAGCGCGGGGUCGUCUGCAUCUAGGUGAUUCUUGGAGUGUCCUGAGAAAGGAGCGAAGGAGAUCUACUCGAUGAUGAAAUAUGAUAAAUCAAAGUCAAAUUUUGUUAAAAAGUGGCAGUUUACUUCGGGAAUUUGAGCGAGGACAAUUCGGGCGAUUCACAAUGCAGUGCGCCACCAAGAGUUUGCCACGGAGAGUUCAUUUUUCCCAGUGCAUUGUGGGAGAUGGGCGACAAAUUCGCAGCGCGGGACAUUUGAAAUUGUUA